AGUCAAAGUCAUUUCAAAUUUUCAAUAUCCUAACCUAACCUAUUUGUUUGGAGAUUUACCGUGAUUUCUGCAUAAACAUUAAAACAAUAAUGUUAAAAUCAAUAUUCAGCAAAUUGAAUCUAGCUAACUCAUGUCGUGGAUUCCACACCACUGCUUGCAUGAAUGAAGUGCGUCUGCUCAGUCGCUUGAGAGUGGUCGACAACUCUGAAAUCGGCAAGCGAGCCAUGGCUGAAGGGAAACCUCCUAAAAUAAUCUGCGUCUAUAAUAAGAAACGCGUGGGUUAUAUUGGCGACAGAGUAUUGGUAGCAAUCAAAGGCCAAAAGAAGAAAGGCAUCUUAGUUGGAUUGAAACAGACACAAAAUGUUAAAGUGCCCAAGUUUGACAGCAACAAUGUUGUGCUAAUAGACGACAAUGGAACUCCACUGGGCAAUCGUAUUCACGUGCCUAUUCCCACCAUACUGAGAACCAUCCUCAAAGAAAAGACACACUCUAAGGGAGCAGACUACACUAAGUUAUUAGCAAUAGCAACAAGAUUUGUAUAGUACAGUAUAAUUUAAUGUUUAAGUAGGUCAUUUGUAGUUUAUAAUAUACUUACCCAGAAGAAAC